UGUCACCAUUUAUAUUUUUGUGCUAUAUAUGAAAUAUCAUUUUAUGUUGUAACUGUUAAGGAAUUUACUACUUAUAAGUUUAAGAUUGGUUUUAGUUCUAUUUAAGUAUCAAACUGGUCUAAAUCCUAAAUAACUGCACAUAAAUCGUUAGAACCCGUAAAAGAAAUAUAUAAAAUUUUAUGAUAACAUUAGCUAACCUCUUAAAUUGUUGUUGUAAAUAAAAUUACAACAGAAGAGUUAUUUAUUUUUUAUAGAUCAUCACCUACAACCACAACAACGAAUUUAUUGAUUUUUCUUUAUUAAUAGGUAUUGGAAUUUUUUGGAUCAUUUUACACCGGAAACAAUUUCCAAACCGGUCAAAUAUGUUUGCGUAGAAAAAUUUUCACCUAUCACGAUAUCGCCUUAACCAAAUUCGAAGUGUUUAAUUUGAAAGCGAUUUCCAAACAAACCGGCAUUGAGCAAACGGGACCGCCCAAAUUGAAGCAGCAGCCGAAGUAACAGAAAAAAAAGAAAGUGACCGCUGAAAACGAAAUUAACAAUACGGUCAUCGCGUGAUGUACGUCUUGGUAACGGCUCAAGAUGUGACCGUUAAACGAAGCGAAGACUUUAUUCUUAGAUCGACACGACCUCCGGCACAAGCCUCGGAGAUCCUUCUCAUCAUCGGGCGGCAUCAUCCUUCUUUGCAGGGUAUCCGCACGUGAUCAUCCAUGAAUGGAAGCCGCUGCCGAACCAUCUCUCCUUUCGUUCGGUUCAGCUGAUCAAGUCUUCGUGUCUCCGAAAAAUCAUGGGCGGCCCCACUGAAACAACCUGAACCACCUGCUCCACAGAGACACCUCCGACCAUACCAUACACAACACCACACCGCCACAACACAACACGGAGUGAAAGUCGCCGGUCGAAACGGUUCAGACUGUCGGUCAGUGGUACAGAGCGGACAGACUGCCUACCGACUCUUGCCAGAAGAGAAGUGACUGGUACAGGACAAUACCAUAAUCGUCGAGAAUCGAAAAGAACAGGUGCCCCAAAAUUCAGGUGGCUAAGAGGAGUAAACCCCAACGCGUGUGCUCCUAAUUGUUUUUCUUGAGAAAAAUUUUUUUUUAAGAGGAGGUAAAGUGUUGCGAGUGCCCGUGGACAUGGGGUGUGCGCGCGCGGUCCUCCUGUUCGUGUCCUUCAUAGUGAUCCUUGGAGGGGUGCAGUGUGCCCUGAAGGGUUCGCCACGACUUCCAAGGACGAGCGCCGGACAACUAGCCGCGGCUGCUGCGGCUCAGAACAAGACAAGUUCCCAAUUAAGGAACGCCGGACAUAAUAAGACUACAACGUCAACUAUUGGUCCACCACCAGGUCGUGGUGCUAGUUCUAGAAGUCGAGAACAAUACCUUUUCAACGUCUUCGAGGCCAUCAUAUCAACGUUAGAUUCAAAAUUACAAAGAAUAGAAAAUUUGGAUAAAGCAGUUGAACAUUUAAUGAGAAGAGUAGAAACUUUAGAUAGUCGGGUAAACAACAAUAUCGAUAAAACAGAUGCGGUUAUUGCCAAAUUAAGAAACUUAGAUGGAAAGUUAUUUCCGAGUUUCCCCAGAAGUCAAGACAGGUCUUCGACGGUUGAGUAUCACGACACAAAUGCACUGAGUAUGCGUUUGGUGUCUUUAGAUCAAAAGGUUAGCGAUAUCGACGACAAAUUAAAUACGUUAAAAAAUCAAUUGGACAAUAACUAUUUACAAAAUGAUGAUAUAAAUGUUGAAGCUAGUGAGAAGAAACCAAUCAGUAUGAAUGUUGUUGAAAUAACGAAAGCUUUAAAUUCAGAAGUGAUUAAUCAUAUUACUAAAGAACUAAAUCAGUUACGCGAAGCUACGGGAAACGUUGACAGAAAAUUACAAUUUCAUAUUAAUUUGGUUAAUGAGAACUUGGGCAAAGUUCUUCGUAUGAUGGGUGAUGUCCAUGAAGCGAUUGUUGAACAAGUCACUGUUCUUCCUUCAGAAAAUUCCAAAAAUCGAACAACAACAACUCCUCAACCUGUGAUUGUAAGGGGAAGUAAAUUAGAUUCUUUAGUAAAACAAAUGAAACCAAUUAUUAAUGUUUCCGAAAAAAUGGACGAAGUUUGGGACGUAGUGGUUGGGACUAAAAGUUCCGUUGACGAUUUAGUUCCAAAAUCCGACGAACUUCUUACGCAAACUCAACGUCAAGAAAGGGCAAUCGGAGAAAUGCAUAGUGAUUUUAGGUCCAAAGCGAAUCAAAUCAUCGAAAAUUUAGAUAUGGUUGAAAAACGAUUGAAAAAACAAGAAGAUGACGUGGCCACUUUAGCUCAAAGACCUGUGCCUGCAGAAUUACUUUUAGACCCAACCAUCGAUAGAUUGGUUGAGUUUAAUCCGAACAGGUAUCAAAUAGAUGAUUAUGUACCACAAACUGAUACUACACUUCCAGUAACAUUUACAACAUUACCUCCACCUACAACAGCCACCCAAGCAACAACAACCACCAAUACUACUCCUACAGCUGCUACAACCCAACAAAUUUUUAAUAUCACGGAAAAAAGGAUAGAGAAAAGGAAAGGUGGUGUUAUAUUUCCCAGUGUGAAGAAUAAACCAUCUAUUUCAACUAAUAAUACAUUCGCUACUGAUGUAUUAAAUAUUAAGGAAGUUAAGGGUUACUCAUGUGUGGAUCUUUUAAAUGCCGGAAUGCGUCACUCAGAUGUUUAUUAUCUUCAAAUAAGGGGAACCACAUAUUGGUUUUUAAAAGUAUUCUGCGAACAAGAAAUUGCGGAAGGAGGAUGGACGGUGAUUCAAAGAAGGGAUGAUUUUAACGAACCUAGAGAAAAUUUCAAUAGAGAUUGGAAUGACUAUAAAAACGGCUUUGGUGAUCCAGCUAAAGAGUUUUGGUUGGGAAAUGAAAAUAUUUACAUGCUUACUAAUAAUGAAGAAUAUAUUCUAAGGGUGGAAUUGGAAGAUUUUGAAGGAAACAAAAGAUAUGCUCAAUAUUCCCAUUUUAAGAUAUACUCAGAAGCGGAAUAUUAUAAAUUAGAAAUAGAUGGUUAUGAAGGUAAUGCUGGCGAUUCGUUAAAUGAUCCUUGGUAUGGUAGCAAUAACAGUCCAUUUUCUACGUAUAACAGAGAUAAUGAUAGAUCUAGUUUAAAUUGUGCUUCGAUGUUAAAAGGUGGUUGGUGGUGGAAAUCGUGCGGAAGGGGACUUAAUGGAUUGUAUCUAAAUGACCCGCAGGAUUUAACAGCAAGACAAGGUAUAGUUUGGUUUAGAUGGAGAGGAUGGGAUUACACUUUAAAGAAAGCUAUGAUGAUGAUAAAGCCGAAAGGAUUCGUAAAUACAACAUAAAAAGUCAAGAAAAAUACAAAAAAAAAUUAAAACUCAACUUCUAACUCACAAUAUUCAGUUUUAUCAUCGAUCAUUUUUAUUUAUUAUUAUGAGUAAUUUAAAAACAUGAAAAUUGUUUACCGGUUGAAUGACGCUUUUAUCUUUAAUUAGCGUAUAAGUCGGUAAACGCAAUUAGCAUUGUGCUCAAUUAUGACUAACAAACGGCAGUACAUUUUCCAUUUAUUUGUUGUUUCGUCAUCGUAUUAACCUAAAGACCGAAAUUGAUGAGUUAGAAGUUGAGUUCCUACUAAUAACUAUAUAUUUUUUUUUCGAAAAUUUCAUUUCUUUUUUUUUUGUUAUUUCUUUUAUUCGGAAAAUGCAAGACUGUGUUUUACUUUUUGGAUCGAUUCCAGAAAGUACGUAUUUUGUAAGUUCAUAAGAAUGAGGCUAAUUUAUCGGUCAUUUCAAAUCUACAACGCAUUAAAAUUAUUUGAAUUUCUCCCAUCGACGGUUUACUACGAAAAUAAUUUUUAUGGGAACGAGGAUAAGCUUAAAAAAAUUUGGCGAUUCUUUUCGUAGUAUAUAUUCAUGAAUUGUAAAUAAGAUAUACCUUCACAAAUGUAUAAAGUAAAUAUAUAUUAAUAUAAUAAAAUUAGUUUAAGUAAAA